AUGAGUCGCGAAAACAGCCACACUACCGACCAAUCCAAGAAGAAAGGUGGCAUAGCUCGGUGGCUAUCACAGUUCAAGUCAUGGGUUGCGGUGAGCGAGCCAUCGGGGCAAGCAUUUGAGCAGCACAGGAAGGACAUGUUCCGGAACAAUGGAGUCUCUCACCACGACCCGGACGCAAGCAUGAAGCUGCAUGUCCCUGCAACAACAAUACCGAAGGAGGCAAUAAAGCCAGCAGGGCCUGGCCCGGAUCCCGAGGAGCUCGCGGCAGCGAGGAGAAGGAACCGGAUGCGCCAGACUUGUGCCAACUCAUCUGCCUCUCGCAGCACGCAGUCUUACUCAACAACCUCAUCAAGACCAGAUUGGAAGCCAGAUUCAGAAGCGCAAUCGCCCCGUGCUCCCGGGUGA